CCGACGAAGUUUUCUCUUAAUCUGGUUUAAAGUGUAAAUUCAACCUACAAAUUUUAUCAUGAUAGUUCCGUGAAAUGUAAAUCCGGCAAAUAUCCAUGAUACUUUGAACAGUAGAAAAAAAUUGACGUUUUUUUAAUUAUAUCGGUUGCUGUCUCUCAAUUUGUACGAGCAUUUGAGUGGUCUAAACCGACCUCAAGAGCCACGAGUUGAAAAUUAUCUUUUUUUGGGCUUCGUUUGCCAAUGUAAGGUUUUCUCAAAAAAUUGCCCUGAAAUAUUAAGUACUCUGGUUUUUGCACACAUCUGACCCGAAAAUGUUUAGAUAUUUGGCAUUGCCUGAAAUUUUUUGAUAUUUUUUUGGCCUAAUUUCAAAACGUAUUCUGUAUCUCUGCAAACCUUAGACAUGAAAUCUUAAUGUGCUCGUAAUCUUUUCCUGCAAUGUCAAUGUAAGGGCAUAUUUUAGUAUGAUGCAUUAAUAUUCUGAUCUGAGAUGUUGCGUACUGGGUAAUUGCUUAAAAUGUUUGAGAAGAAAAAAUAAUUGUACAACAUUUGCUGCAAUUUCUUAAAUGUGAGCGAUUUUCUGAGGACUUGUUAUCUCUCAGCUCAAAUUUGCAUUUUGCACGGAAAGGAUUCGAACUUGAGACGUGUAAGUGAUAACUAGGGCUUUAUUUGAUGUGGUGAAGGUAGCGCGACUCAACCUGGAGCUUGUUGCGGCGAAGUAUAAAGCAGGUUUUGGAUCUUUGGGGGUAAAGACCCCCUCAACGGCAGUCAGAGUCGAGUCUUUCGGUAUUUCUAUUUAUUGAAGGGCAAUAUUUCGACUUUUGUUCUGUUAUUUCGUGCUUUUUGGACCGGGUUUGCGUUCUUAAGUUCGUGCUUUUCUUGGAACACGCUAUGUAUUAAGUGACACUUCCGAUGCCAAAGGAUGGAUCAAUUAUGUAAGCUGUACACAUAGAAUACGGUGCCGAAGGGUUCAAUUAUUCAGAUCCUGAGGCCUUUUAGCGAAUUUUGGCAUCAGAUUUUCUAUCUACAGGAGCUUGUUGUAUAGGGUUUGAAGCAGUGGACUCUUUUGCCCGUUUUAUUUGGUCUGCAUUGUAAAAAUAAGAAACAGUCAGAGACGUGGCUGAUUUUUGGAAGCCCUCAAUUUAGGAUUAAAGCCUAUAUAUUUAAAGAUUAGUGCAAAUCUUGAGUUUAGAGCCUCAAGCGAGUCCUAGUUUGAUCUUGGCAAUGCCUUCUUUUAGAGGAGAAGGCCAUUCGUCUCGAAAUUUUUUCAGAUGUGGCAAGUGCCACAGGCCUGUUGUUGCCUUGCUCAUCUUUUCAGUGAUGGCGCCUCUUGUCUUUUUCACAGGCAGAAUGCGGAAUUUUGGUGCUUCCUUUGGACACAGAGAUUUCUUAGAAGAAUCUUCUUCAAGUCUUAAUUUUAUCAGCGAUUCGAGGAAAUUGAAUGCCCUACAUCAGGAACCAGGGAUCCUUCUUAAAGAGCCUAUUGGAAUCGUUUACAAAGAUGAAAAUGAUGCUGCAGUUUCUUACGAGAAUAUAAACAAGGAACAGUCUUUGUCCAUUGAAAAUGCCAUGCAAAAUGAAAGGAACCUGGAACAGGAUACAAGUGAAAUUAAGAGUGGGGGCAUUGCCUCUACUUUUCAAGAGAAGGAAACCAAGAAUGCCACUGCCAGAGUAGAGGAUUAUCCAAAGCUAGAGCUACCUGGAAUAACAAAGCCCAGAGAAAUCAGCUCAGGGAGUUCUGAAAAACUGAGUACUGAGAGUCAAAACAUUCAAAAAGUAAUUCCUGAUUUCCGUGUGAGGCAGAUGCGUGAUCAACUUAUUAGGGCGAGGGUAUACUUAAACCUUGGACCUAUUCGCAACAAUGCUCACUAUGUGCGAGAGUUGAGGCAGCGCAUGAAGGAGCUUCAACGAUCCUUGGGUGAUGCAAGCAAGGAUUCUGAUCUACCGAGAAGUGCUGUUGACAGAAUGAAGGCCAUGGAACAAACUUUGGUCAAAGGCAAGCAAUUGUAUGAUGAUUGUUCUGCAAUGGUAAAGAAGCUCCGAGCCAUGGUGCACUCUACAGAGGAACUACUUCGAGUGCACAAGAAACAAAAUACAUUUUUGACUCAGCUUGCUGCAAAAACCCUUCCUAAAGGCCUUCAUUGCCUUUCAAUGCGAUUGACUACUGCAUAUUAUGCUUUAACUUCUAGUGAACAAGAUUUUCCGAACAAGGGAAAAUUAGAUGACAAGAAUCUCUACCAUUAUGCAAUAUUUUCUGACAAUAUUCUUGCGACGGCAGUUGUUGUGAACUCCACUGUGUUUCAUGCUAAGGAGCCAGAAAAGCAUGUAUUUCAUGUGGUGACUGAUAAGCUAAAUUAUCCUGCAAUAAAAAUGUGGUUUUUGGCAAACCCUCCAGGGAAGGCAACAAUCCAGGUUCAGACUGUUGAUGAGUUUACAUGGCUGAAUUCUAGUUAUAGUCCAGUUUUAAGACAGCUUGGGUCUGCAUCCAUGAAGGAGUAUUACUUUAGAAUACGCCAUUCAAAUGCAGACUCCAACUUGAAGUAUCGAAAUCCAAAGUAUCUAUCUAUCCUCAACCAUCUUCGUUUCUACCUCCCAGAAAUCUUUCCAAAUCUAGACAAAGUCCUCUUUUUGGAUGAUGAUAUUGUGGUGCAAAAGGAUCUGACUGCUCUCUGGGACAUAGAUAUGCACGGGAAGGUGAUUGGUGCUGUCGAAACAUGUGGAGAAAGCUUCCACAGGUUUGACAAAUAUCUCAACUUUUCAAACCCUCUCAUUGCAAAGAAUUUUGAUCCAAAUGCCUGUGGCUGGGCAUAUGGAAUGAACAUAUUUGAUCUGGAAAAAUGGAAAAAGCAGAACAUAACAGGGAUUUAUCAUAGAUGGCAAAGAUUGAACAAGGAUAGACAGUUAUGGAAGCUAGGUACCCUGCCGCCUGGGCUGAUCACAUUCUAUAAUUUAACAUAUGUCUUGAACAAAUCUUGGCAUGUGUUGGGUCUUGGUUAUAACCCUAAUGUUGGCUCAACUGAAAUUGAAAGGGCAGUAGUGAUACAUUACAAUGGCAAUAUGAAACCAUGGCUGGAGAUUGCAAUUAGCAAGUACAAGCAUCAUUGGACUAAAUAUGUAAACUAUGAUCACAUCUUCUUACAGCUAUGCAACCUUAGUGAGUAGAUCUGUUAAAUGGGUUAUUGCAUCAACCUAUGCUGCAAAAGUGUUUCCUCCCUUGGGUUCGUUGCCACGAGAAAUGUGUGGAAGGUUUGGUGAAAAUUGGAUGUUGUUACUAUUCUGCUAUUUGCUGGGAGUUGAGGUGAGCUUCAAUGUGAAGCCUGACCAAAGUGCUGGUGGUGAAUUCUUUCCUCUGGAGUACAGUCUGCCAUACAUAAAAUGCAAUCUUUGGAAUGUAUAAUAAUUGAUGUGCUAAAGUUAUUGCUGUAUGGUCGGAAUUUUUUAAGCAUCAUAUUCAAUUAUUUUCAGGAAAACAGUAUUUUAGAGUUUAGACUGAAAUUUUGAUUUUUCAAAGCAUUCUUGAUCAUAUCAAGUGCAUGCUUCCACAUAUGAGCCAUUCUCUUUGUUGACAAAUGUCUACCCAAGCAAGAUGCAAUUUUAUUUGUUUUUAAUUUUAUAAAGUAUUUUUAGAAGGCA